ACUCGCUAUAAUUUUGUUCAUGUUGUCUCUGACUCGACGAGUCUUAUCCGAUCCCUCUCUCCGGGCGUCUCUCUAGAAAGUCCUAUAGCCUAGGGUUUGCGUUAUAGGAAAAAACGAUGUCGUCGGGGAGGAAGAUAACGCUGAAGAGCUCCGACGGCGAGACCUUCGAGGUGGACGAGGCCGUGGCGCUAGAGUCCCAAACGAUCAAGCACAUGAUCGAGGACGACUGCGCCGAUAAUGGCAUCCCGCUCCCGAACGUGACCAGCAAGAUCCUCUCCAAGGUCAUCGAGUACUGCAAGAAGCACGUAGAGGUCCCGAAGGCCGAGGACCGCGCUGCUUCCCUCGACGAGGCCCUCAAGACUUGGGACGCCGAGUUCGUCAGUGUCGACCAAGCCACCCUUUUCGAUCUAAUCCUGGCUGCAAACUAUCUGAACAUCAAGAGCUUGCUGGAUCUGACUUGCCAGACUGUGGCUGACAUGAUCAAGGGCAAAACUCCAGAGGAAAUCCGCAAGACAUUCAACAUCAAGAAUGACUUCACACAAGAGGAAGAAGAGGAGGUUCGCAGGGAGAACCAAUGGGCCUUCGAGUGAAAGAUUUAAAUUGAACGGAUCUGUUUUUUGUGGCUCUUGUUCUUUUGUGCUAAGGAAAGGGGUGCUGUUUCAAUGUGCAAGACUUCUAGGUAUUAAGUGCUAUUCUAGGUGUCACUGCUGUAACCAAUGUCUGUUUUGCUUAAACCUUUGCCCCAGCCCAUGCCCUCUCCAUGUAUUUGCUAAUAUGAUGUUAACUGGAUCUCUCUUAUCAUGUUAAUAUUUUGCAUGUUGUUUUCUCUUCA